UCUGUGCCCGGAGCUCAAUGCUUUUCUCUCAGUCACAAGACUCAACCAUAAGGAGUCUUUGAAAUUGCGCGACACGCACUUUUGUUAUAAUAACAAAACUUGUGAGAGUAAACUUAUAUUUAAAAAAGCAUCUUACGACUGUAUGUGACAACGAAGUGACGAAAAUGAAAGUGACUUUGGACACCCUGUGUUUACGUUCAUUGCUAAGGAGCGUCCGAAAUAGAUUCUUUUCUUAGACAUCUGAUUUGACCCCGAUACGAUAAAGAAGUUUGGUAUCGACUGCGAUAGAGAACGUGGCUGUUGAUUGGGAGGGACGUAAUAGUAAUGAAUGAGGAGAAGAAUGAAGAAAAUAUUACCCUGACAAUCCCUAUUAUAAAAGCCGAAUCCGAAACCCAAACAAGUGGUCAAUUAGUGUCUAAAUCUCCUAGUAACAGUAAAACUACCGAAAUAGAAAUGGAAAGUGAACAAAAACAAAAUAUGUCUAUUAGAAAACGAAGAAAUUUAUCCAAAAAUCGAACUCAAGCCGCAAGACAAAGGGAAAAAACACCUGAACCCGGAAGAACUCCAAUUCAUGAAGAUACAACUACCUCUGAUGACGAAGAUAAUCUACCACAACGUAAUUCCAGAGAAAUAGAAGCUGAUAAUACUUAUGAAGAAAUGAAACGAUUAGUCCAAGAAAAAGCAAGUGUUAAAGAUCCUGUUUACGAUUUAGAUACAGAUGAAGUUCUUGAAGCAAGAGCUAUUGCUGCUAAUGAAAGAAGACGUCGGAGUAUCUCACCUUUUGCUUUGCCAGAUAAAAUUGAAGAAGAUACUAAAUUAGAGCGCAAGGGUAGUUUCAUAGACCCAACUAAUAAAUUACUCAGUACUAAUUAUACUUUAAAUCUUAAAGAUGAGGAUAAAAGUCGUCGUAAUUCUUUAACCAUGGAAAUGCCAAUAGAAAGGAGAUCUUCAUUAUCACCACCUAUUUCAACUAACACAACAUCUAAAGAGAGCGAUUUUAUAUACCCAACUACACCUAAAAAGUUGGAAGAAAUUGUGUAUCCCGACGAAAAGAAACCGGAUGAUAAACACAGAAAAUUAAAAACGCCGGUCAAGAACGAAGAAGUAUUUACAUUUGAUGAUAAAGAUAUUAAAACAAAUGCAAAGAUAACUACUCCAAAAACACCGGAAACUCCUAUUACUCCAGGAGAAAUAGUAACUAAAGUUAUACAAGUAGAAAGAACUCCAAGCAAGAAAACAACAGCAGAUAAAAAACCAGUAGUUGAAGUAAGGGAAAGAAUUGUUAGGACUCCAAGUAGAAAAAUGUCAAGUGAUGUAAAACCAGUUAUUGUUCGACAACAAGUUUCCAAACCAAAAGAAGAUCAACAAAGUAAAGUGCCUCCUGUAAAACCAGCGCGGAGUAAAUCUGCUACAAGAUUUGGGAGUAAAACUAGUGAGAGUGAGAUGAGUGAAGAUCAAGCGAAGCAACAAAAAUCUAAUGCACCAGAAUCAAAACGUAAAAUAGUACCUACACCACGUCGUUUCAUGAAAAAUAGAUCUCCAAGAGCCAAGAGAUCUCAGUCUGCUAAUAGAAUUGAAUCAAUUCAAGUAGUAGAUAAAUCUGGUAUAGGUAUGAGUCAAACUAGUCGGGAGAUUAUCGAACUCAUGCAGAUAGCUAGAGCACGAAGUUUGUCGAUUCCAAAAGAUGACCCAAGACUUCCAUCUGAAUAUAAAGACUAUAAAAAAAAUUUACAAACCCCUACAAAGACUCCCUCAACACCAAGACAAUCGAGGGGUAUUUCAUGUCCAAAAACUAUUCAAAUAAUUAGUGAUAAAGAAAUAUUAUCCGGCCUGACAACGAAUCAGAGAAUAAAUAUAGAACAUGAAAAACGUAGUAGACGAAGCUCAGGUUAUAUUGAUGCCAGUCAAUCUGAAUAUACUUCUAGUUGCUAUUCUACAUCUCCUAGUGAAAAUGAGUUUGAUUUUGACUUAUCAGAAAAAACGGCUGAGUUAACUCGCAAACUAAAUAUUUUGAGUCAAGAAGUAGAUGAUCGUAAUACUUUGAGUAAUAUACUUUUAGCUAAUGACAACUUUGAUCAGGUAAAAACAGAACCUCAACUUAUACAGAAACCUAUAACAAGAAAAAAAUCAUUGAUAGAUAAUGAAUUAGAAAUUUCUGAUCAGAUAAAAAUGGAUAAUCAAAAAUCAACGUUAAGGAAAAGGUCUUUGACAGAUAAUAAAGCUAUUAUCAAGAAAGAACCGAUUGCACCAGAAGUACAAAAUAGUAUCAAAUCAAAAACUGACGAGAAUAAAAAAGAAGUACAAUUUAAAUGGAAAAUCAUACGUAAUUGGCAACAAUUUAAACAAGAAUAUGCGGCAGACUAUACUAAGAUAAAAUUAUUACGAAAUAGAUGUAUUUCUGACUUACUGCUGUUAAUAAUAAUGUGUGGUUUGGGUGGUAUGAUGUUUAGAGCUUUAGAAGGAUCUUUUGAAAAUGCAUACAAAUGUGGAACCAGAGGUGUAAAGCGUGAUUUCAUAGAAAAUUUAUGGAGAGGUAGUCACUACUUGAGAGAAGAAGAUUGGAAAUCGAUGGCUAGAAAAAAACUGUACGAAUUUGAAAAUCAACUGCACACGGCGCAUGAAGCUGGAGUUACAUCUUAUAGUGGGCAAAAAUCCUGGAACUUUAUGAAUUCCUUUGUUUAUUGUUUGACAUUAAUAACAACUAUUGGUUAUGGUCACAUAGCUCCAAAGACUAGGUAUGGGCAAGCAGCCACCAUAGUGUACGCAAUUAUCGGGAUCCCUUUGUUCCUGAUAGUUUUAGCUGACUUCGGUAAAUUAUUCACAAGAAUUAUCAAGUUCUUCUGGGCGUUUAUAAGGAGAUUCUAUUACACGAGAAGUUGCAGGAAGGUUAGGAGGACUGCGCCUGUGCAGGAGGUUAUGAAAGGUCUGAAUAUCGUCUACGAGGUUGUAAGACGACCUUCGCAGAUCUUCAACGAAGAUGAGAUUCGUGAUCAUCCUAAUGGCGACCACGAAGGAAAAGAUACACAAGCACCUACAGUAGAAAGGAAACCAAGUGAUAUACCACCACCUUUGCCUCCCAAACCUGGUACAGUUCAAGAUAUCGAUGUUGAGACAGACCUCGGAACACCAGCGCCAUCUGUUUUUGAAAUAGACGAUGAAUUCAACCUACCAGUUACAGUAGCUGUCUUCAUUCUUAUCAUAUAUAUUUUUAUUGGCGCUGUCUGUUACAGCAUGUGGGAAGAUUGGGACUUCUUCAAAUCGUUCUACUUUGUCUUCAUUUCUAUGUCAACAAUAGGCCUCGGAGAUGUGGUUCCCGAUCACCCUAUAUUUAUGAUGUCUUCCAUACUGUAUCUGAUCUUCGGUUUAGCAUUCACUUCCAUGUGUAUUAAUGUUGUACAAGUGAAAUUAACUAAUACAUUUAAACAUGCCAGUGCCAAGCUUGGCGCUACAAUAGGUUUGCAGGUUUCUGAUGAAGACGGUAGUCUUGUAACUACCACUCCUGUUCCAUUGGAGAUCGUUCCAGUUCAUAAACCAAGGAAUGAAUUACCACCACAAGAAAGCAAAAGUAAAGAAGAAAAUGAACAAAAAAAUAGAUAAGAUUCAUGUAAUCGAUGUAGGCGUUCUUACUAAAUAUAACUUCAGUGUUAUAAGUGAUAUAAUUACUAACUGUGGGGUGCCUAGAGAUUUUGUAUUAAUUUACUUACUCUAGUAUUGUUGCGAAAUAUGACUUAUUUGUUCUAGUCAUAGUAUUUAAAAGAAUUAUUAAUUAUUAUAGAUUUAUUAUUUAAUAAGUAAGUACAUAAAAAAACAUGCACAAAAGCAAUAUAAAUUAAAAUAUACAAAUCAUCCUAUGAAAUACAACUUACGAGAUAAAAAUAGAAUAUGAAAUUUUUUACAAGUCAAUAAAAAAAAUACAAUAAAUGUUUCAAAAUAACGUCAAUCAAAAUAAAAUUAAUUAUUUUUUGUAGGUAUAAAUAUAAAUAUGUUCUUAAAAGUAGAUUUUAUUAAAAAAUAUUUAAAAUUAGUUUGACAUAUUUUACGAGAAUAUAAAUUUAAAUUGUAAUAUAAAAAGUUAUCAGAUUUAUUUAUUAAGAUUAAGAUUAUUGUAAUACACUUCUUUGCAAAAAUGGGCACUUUUGUCGUAAUAGCUUGAGAUUUGACUAAAACUGUGCAUGUACUGAAAUGUUUAAUAGAAUUUAGAAGUCUAAUAAUAAUAUAUAAUUACUAUAAAGUAAAAUCUAAACUGAGGACAUUUUAACAUUAGUGAAAUAAUAUUUAUUUUAAUGCACUUUUAAUUAUUUAUUCUAAAUGCUCGCUUUUUGCAAAGAGGUCUGAAAUUUCUGUAAGUGUGAAUCGUAAUCGAUAAGUUUUAUUAGAUUUUUUAAAUAAUUUUAUACAUAAUUGUUAUUUAAAAAUUGUUGAUGUGUGUGUAAAUAAAGAUAUUUAUUAUUAUAUUUACAAUAGUUUUAAAUUUUUAUAUAAAUUACUAUUAAAAAUCUUCAAUUGAAAUCUAUCUGUAGGAAAAUGGUAUUCACUUCCAUAAUGACUCAAGUAAGAGAUGUAAUAAUAAUGCGAGGGCUUUGGUACUCAGUUGACACUGUCAUCCUUGUAAGUGAUUCGUCAUGAAGUAAAGAUAUAAAACCUAUCUAAAGCAUAUAGUAAGUAUGAGUAUUCAAUUGGACGAUUCAUAGAAUUUCCGCCCAUAUGUUAGCUAGUUAUCACGCGAAAAUAGCUAUUAUGUAUAGUUGUCAUAAAAAGUAGUAUUUAUUAAAGCAAAUACUACACCAUAGUCGAUAAUCUAAGGUACAUUUUAUUUGCAUAGUUGUCUAAAAGAGAUUACGAUUUUAAGGUUUACUUGAACCAGCAGGUUGGAUCAUAAUAAUUACAUUUACUCGUAUCUAUUUAUCGUCGAAUUAGUCGAGGUAAACCUAUGGGUAAUAUAAACAUAAUAAAAUUUAAAUGUGGUGGCCAUAAAAUGUCAUUUCGUUAAAACGAAAAAGAAAAUUCAAGUCUUUACAAUAUGGGAAUUAAUUAGCGACUAUAGAACGGACGGAAUUGUGUUUUAUUUGAGCGCUCUGAAAUGAUUAAUUAUUAAGGGCUACUAUGGGUUUUUAUGUUACAAAUGGUUGCUUUGUGCUGCUGUCACACGAUAUCCGAUUCGUGCGAUAACGUUAUGCAAUACAUACAUGUAUGUAUAGGUAUGUACAUAUCCAUUUUUGUUACGCAAAUUUGGUGUUUUUAAAACAAGGGUUAUUCAAUCAUCUUAUACUUAUACUUAUCUGGAUAUAGGGUAUAUUAAUGGGUGAUAAUGAAACGGAAACCUCGCCUACCCUAUCGGCAUACACUGCCGGGGCACCAGUGAGGGGUGAUAGGUGAUGAUGAAAGCAAGUCUGUUAGCCCAUCGUGAUGAAUUUACAAGAAUUAACAACGACAGUUUCCAGGGGGAACCGCGUGGAGGUCGACUUGAUAGGGUAUAUUGUUAGUAAUGAGGAAGUUAGACCCUGUUACUAACAAUCCCUUUUACCCCUAGCUGAAGGGUUUUUUUAUGGAUGAUAAUGAAAUGGUUACCCUGCCUGCGCUACCAGUAUACACUAGCGAAGUACCAGUGAGGGAUGAUAAAUGAUAAUGAAGCAGGUUAGUUAGCCCAUCGUGACGUAUUCCACAAUAAAUCAAUCAGGAUGGUUUUCAGAGAGUACCGCGUGGACAUCAACCUGAUAGUGUAUAUUGCUAGCAAUGGUAUUGCUAAUCUCCAUUACUA